AUGUCGGAAUUAUGGUACCAGCAGCCUGCGGAGGACUGGAAUUCAGCCCUACCAGUCGGGAACGGGCGCUUAGGCGCCAUGGUGUAUGGACGCACCGACACCGAAAUGCUACAGCUCAAUGAGGAUUCAGUGUGGUAUGGAGGACCACAAGAUCGCAAUCCGCAAGACGCGCUCGAGUAUCUGCCGCAUCUGAGAGAGGCUAUACGCGCGGAAAAUCAUGCCGAAGCUGAGAAGAUCGCCAAGCUGGCGUUUUUCGCUAACCCGAUCAGCCAGCGAAACUACGAGCCGCUCGGUAACCUAUUCUUGGAUUUGGGACAUGAUCCCAGUCAGGUUACAGGCUAUCGGCGCUCACUGGAUCUCGCGGGUGCUACGGCGCAUGUCAGCUAUGAGUACCAUGGUGUUCGCUUCGACCGUGAAGUCCUGGCUAGUUACCCGGAUGAUGUGCUUGCGAUCAGAUUGCGUUCGUCGAGCAAGGCUGAGUUUGUCGUUCGCUUGACGCGCAUGAGUGACUUGGAAUUUGAAACAAACGAAUGGCUUGACGAUGUCAGUGCUACCAGCAACUCUAUUACCAUGCAUGUCACGCCUGGGGGUAGGAACAGUAAUCGAGCGUGCUGCAUCGUAUCAGUUCGUUGCGACAGUGCUGAGAGUACAAUUACUAAGAUUGGAAAUAAUCUGGUGGUGAACUCCAGUGAUACUCUGCUGGCCAUUGCGGCGCAAACUACAUUUCGAUAUGAAGACAUUGAUCAGCGAACCAAGCAAGAUGCAGAGAAUGCCUUGGGCCACUCUCUAGAGAAUCUCCGCACCCGUCAUGUUGCGGACUACCAGUCGUUGUACAGCCGAAUGGAAUUGCAACUUGGGCCGGACUCUCCUGAAAUCCCAACCGACCAGCAUCUGAAGUCUUCUCGAGAUCCUGGGCUCAUCGCACUCUAUCACAACUACAAUCGUUAUCUCCUGAUAUCAUGUAGUCGGGAUGGACACAAGUCGCUUCCUGCAAACCUCCAGGGGAUAUGGAACCCAUCCUUCCAUCCAGCAUGGGGCUCCAGGUUCACCACCAAUGUCAAUCUUCAAAUGAACUACUGGUCUGCAAAUGUGUGUAACCUGUCAGAAUGCGAGCUUCCUUUGUUUGAUCUACUGGAGCGCAUGGUUGAACCUGGCAAAGCCACAGCUCGGACCAUGUACGGAUGUCGGGGAUGGACAGCCCAUUCCAACACUGAUAUUUGGGCCGAUACAGCCCCCGUUGAUCGAUGGAUGCCGGCAAGUAUCUGGCCUCUAGGUGGUGCAUGGCUCUGCUACCACAUUUGGGAUCAUUUUCAAUAUACCUGCGACAAAGAGUUCCUUCGUCGGAUGUUUCCCACCCUGCGUGGGUGUGUGGAGUUUCUCCUCGACUUCCUGAUCGAAGACGCCAAUGGAGAAUACCUUGUCACCAGCCCGUCUGCUUCUCCAGAAAAUUCGUUCUACGACCACAAGGGACAAAAGGGCGUAUUGUGUGAAGGAUCAACGAUCGAUAUCCAAAUCAUUGGUGCUAUUCUGGACGCCUUCCAAUCCUGCGCAAAGAGACUCGGUCUCGAGGAUGUCCUUCUUCCAGCAGUUCAAGCUACAAGGUCCCGCCUCCCACCAAUGCAGAUCUCCCCUGCUGGGUAUCUACAGGAAUGGGCCACCGACUACGCCGAGGUCGAACCCGGACACCGUCAUACGUCCCAUCUAUGGGCCCUACACCCCGGAAAUGCAAUUAUGCCAGCAAAAACCCCCAGCUGGCAGAAGCUCCUACGUCGACGCGCGGAGCACGGUGGUGGCCAUACUGGCUGGAGUCGUGCGUGGCUGAUCAACCUGCACGCACGUUUACUCGAAGCCGAGGAAUGCAGCAAGCAUCUAGACUUGCUUUUGUCCAGGUCUACUUUGUCAAAUCUGCUGGACAGUCACCCUCCAUUCCAGAUUGAUGGUAACUUUGGUGGUGGGGCUGGUAUUAUCGAAAUGCUGGUCCAAUCCCACGAGCCUGGGGUAAUUCGCGUCCUUCCAGCGUGUCCGAAGGACUGGACUGGAUCCAUCCGGGGAGUGCGGGCACGCGGUGGGUUUGAGCUGCAAUUUAAUUUUGAAAAUGGCCGAGUUGUAGGUGGAGUGACUGUAAUUUCGGAGCGAGGAGAGACUGUUGUUGUUUAUGUCAACGAGUUACAAGUAGAGAUUACUGGUCGUGGUGAGCAUAAGAUCAACUAG